AUCUUAUCCUCAGUUACUUUAUUUGCAGCAAUCUUCAAAAACGAAAUCAUGAGCAAUGGGGUGGGUGCGGCGUGUGGUGAUGUGGAUGGCUUGGUGUGCUGCUCUUACUGCUGCUAUCAAUUUGCUGCUAAUGGUGAGAGCUCCGCCAGCAUUGACCUCACUCCAUCACCAUCACCACCGCUACCACCGCCUCCGCCAUUGCACCCUGGCCCCCUCAACAAUACCACGCUAUGACUUGACGGGAAACAAGGUCUACCUCCAGGGAGAAGUUUACGCCAUCAGGGACAGUGAAUACCACAAGAAGAACCAGCGCAAUCGUUCUGGACUGCAAAUGCUUCAGUGUGUGUACACACAUCUCCCUGCAGUUAAGGCACAAUAUUCAUCAGUGUCACCGUAUCUGCAAGAUACUGUUGACAGCUUAAAACAAGACAUCACCAAGAGAAGAGUUACAGAUGAUCCUUGGGAUCUUGCCCGUAAGUGGGCCAGUCCAAGAUCGCUGAUUCCCAGUUCAGCUCGUGGCUUGGGAGAUGUGCUAGCUGCCCUCGCUACUGCACCCAUCAUAGCUGCUGAUGUAGGAUACAAAGGCACUCAACUUAAGGUUACAAUCAUACUCAAAGGUGGCCAGAGAGCUGUGUUUAAACCUAAAUGGUACUCUCGUGAGGAUAUCGUAGAAGGAGAAGUGUAUGCAGGUAGUGACCGCCACAAUGGUGAGAUUGCUGCCUUCCACUUGAGUCGUCUUCUGAAUAUUCCAAUGGUGCCUUUGGCAGUUGGUAGGAAAGUGUCACUGAGGCGGCAGAUUUUACCUGUGGCAACAAGGAAACUUGCUGCAACAUUCUACUCGAGAAGAGGUUGGUGAUAAUAAUGCACUCUCUGCAGUC